AUGGCUCAGCGAUUUCUCGUCCUUGCGCUUAGCUCCCUUGUUUUUGGGAGGGCCCAGCUUCAUGCACGUGAGCGCGACAGUGUCUGGAAGGACUCGGACUUGGAGAGCGCUGAGCGCUGCCCAGGGGUCUCCUUGCUGCAGUCCUCUGCCAAGCGACCCGGUCACGAUCGAGAGCACAGCGAGGAGAUGGGAAAGAUCCCGGAAGCCAUUCCUUUUGCUUCUUUGGUCGAGAGCUCCGCGCCGUCACAUCCGGUGAUGCUGAGCCAAAUCAAGCAGGUGGUGGAGCUGGCCCAGACUCGAGUGCAGACCAAGGUGGGCGAGGCUCCUUACUUCAUCAUCGCGGUCGCGAUCGGAGGCUUCCUCCUCUCCUUGCUCUCCAUCUGCAUGAGUUUAGUCUUUGUGGAGCGAGGCCUUUCCAAGGAUGGAGACGUCUACGCAGAGCCGUCUGCAUCUGCCCUCCUCUCGCAGCGCCUGCGCGCCUUGGGCUUGGGAGACGCCCGCAGCUACCGCGCCAGCGCCCGGGCGGAGAGGGCGGAGAUGUUUGGAGCUGCUCCCCGAACCUGGGAGCACGGCGGAGGGAACGGGUAUCAAGGAAACAAGCCUAUGCUCAUGGCAGAUGGGCAGCGUCGCCUGCAGAUCGUCAUUCCGCAGCCUCUUGAAGGCGGCAGAGUCGGCUUGAACUUGUCAGAGGACGAUCUAGUGGUCAACAACUUCGGUGACCUGCGGGCCUACGAUCUUGGCUUCCGGGUCGGGGACCGUCUCUUGCAGGUGAACCAGGUGCCAGUCUUCCGAGAAUCAGACUUCAAGUUCGUGAUGCAGGAUGCCUUGCGCAGAAACUCGGAGCGUGGUGAGCCCUUGGUCUUCCACAUCCUGAGGCGCCAGGGAGCAGACGGCGCCUCUGGGACCUCCGUCGGACUGCCCCAAAGCAUCGCACCCAUCGCAGCCGUGCGAGCGCCAGCGCCGGCAGCGCCGCCGGAAGCACCGGCGCCGGAAGAGCACGGGGACCUGCGAGGAUCCUGGUCUUACGGAGACACGCGCACGGAUGAUCUUUACACAUACGAGAUUCGACAGGUCGGGAACGACUUGGGCUUUGAACAAACCCUCCCCAACGGAGAGAAGAUCACUGGUCUUCUGAUUCCUGACGGGCUUUGGCUGAGGAGCGAUUUGCAGAGCAAGGAUGGCUACUUUGGCGAAAUCCGUUUGCAAUACGAUCCCGAGGAGAAGGUGCUCGUCUCGCAGCUGAAGAGCAAGGAAGCCCAGGUUUGGAGCGAGGACAUCUUGGCCCGGAAAGUGCGGAAAGACCGCGAGGUGAGGUGA